AUGGGUUUCCAAAAUUUGUGGUUCUCUCACCCACGCAAGUUCGGACCAGGAUCCCGCUCCUGCCGCGUCUGCGCUGGACACCACGGACUCAUCCGCAAGUACGGCCUCGACCUUUGCCGUAGAUGCUUCCGCGAGCAGGCCAAGGACAUUGGAUUCAAGAAGGUAAUAAAUUCGUUUUUUGGAGCCGUCGCUUUUCAAUUCACGCAGGUUUUAGCUUGCAAGAUAAAACUGACAUCUCGAAGACAGGAGUAUCGUUUCGUAGAGCUACUGUUCAAGAUUGGCAGACACUUAGAACUUUACCGUUCUCAUUACUUUACCAAUUUCACUGUUUUUUCAGCUCGACUAGGCUCCCACGGUCCACAAGUCGUCAACGGCUGCUCCACUAUUGUUGUUGUUAUCAUCCCAUGUCUUCAGUGA